AUUCAAUAAUAAUAGAAAAAAAGAAAAUAAAUCCAAAACAUUUCAAAAGAGCAAUAAAUAUCCCAAACUCACCUACUUUGAUAGCGAUUAUUAUUAUUAUUGAUUUAUUUCACUCACUUUUAUCCAACCUUUGUUCUAUGUUCUGAAGAUUCUUGCUUUAAAACAGAAAUGGAUAAUAUUGAAGAGAAUAAGAUAGUGGCUGAAACCCUAAAUAGUGGUGGUGAUACGGUGGUGGUUAAAACGACGACGGUGGUUGAACAUACCAAGAUUACUAUUGUUGAAAAUUUUCAGGAAGAGAAGAAAGAUGAUUUGUUUGGUGGUGAUGAGGGGGAUGAUAUGAAGGCGGAUUUAGGGGAUAAUGGAGGGAAUUUAGCUAUGGAUGUUGAGGGUUUCUUUACAGGCGGAAAUGGCGAUGAGGUUGAGCGUCUUUUUGAAGGGAAUGAGGGUUAUUUAGCCGAUGAUAAUGAUGAAAAUGUUGAUGGGGAUCCGAUGGAUGUGUUUGAGUUUAAGGAGGAUACGUACAAGAAUGACGAGGGAAUGGUUGAAAAUGGCGAACAAAUUGAAGGUGGAGACGAUGAAGAAGAAGAAGAAGAGGAUCAUGAUUUUGUUGUAGGUGAUUUAGUGUGGGGUAAAAUCAAGAGUCAUCCUUGGUGGCCAGGCCAGAUAUAUGACCCUUCUGAUGCUUCAGAGUAUGCUGUUUCGAUAAAACGUAGAGGGCAUCUGUUAGUUGUUUAUUUUGGGGAUGGUUCGUUUUCUUGGUGUAAGGCAUCACAGUUGAAGGCUUAUAUUGAUGACUUUCAAGAAAUGUCGAAUAAGAGUGAUUCUAAAAAUUUUGUUACUGCAGUCAAGAAAUCUUUAGAACAGGUCAGUAAGCAUGUGAGGGCGGAAUUGAUGUGCAAAUGCCAACCUGUUUGUCCUACUGAUAAUGUUAACGAGGGGAACAGUGGGAUCAAGAAGGGUGUGGCUGUGCCAAAAGGAAAUACGAUCAAGGUUUUGAUUGAUCGAAUGCAGCCUGUUGAGCUCCUUUCAAUGUUGAAAAAUUUUGCUAUAAUGGAACCUGAUACUAGUUUAGUUGAGCUUGAACUCACUGUACUGAAAAGCUGGAUAAGUGCUUUUUAUGGACAAAAAGGUGGUUACUUGUUGCCAGAAUACCAUGAUCCGGAGUAUAUUGAAGGUCUUGAUGAUGAAUCGAAGAGUGCGAUGGUUGGCAAUUCUGAUAAGAAUGGUGGUUUGGAAAGCACAGCAAAUGGUGAUGAUAAGUUAUCUCAAAGAAGGAAGAAGAAGAGUGUGGCGGAUUUAUUGGGAGAAGACGAGCCAAAAGUUAAGAAAGCUAAAAUGUCUAAAGAUGGUGGUGUUGGUUGGAAAAGGAAGGGAUUGGUUGUGUCAGUGACACCAGAAAGUGAUCAUGAAAGUGGUCUUGAAGAUGGAACCACACCACGCCAAAGGAAGAGGAGCAAGUACCUCUCUCCGCCUUACUUGAGUCCAGCUAGCGGAAAACUUUCUGGUUUAGGUUCUGGUUCUUUCAAAGAACCUAAAGCUGAUCCCGAGGAAGUUCCUGAGAUGGAUGCGGAAGAGCCAGAGGGUUCAUCGAAGAAGAGCAAUGGGAAGAGAGGUAGAAAGAAGCGGGUAAAAGAAGGGUCUGAUCUGACAGCUUCUGUGGACGUGGAGAAGCUGUUGCAAGGGCUACUGCGUGCAGCACUCGACCCUUCAUCUUUUGUGGAGAAGAACCUCCCCGCGAUCAUUGAUUUUAUUUCACUCUUCAGGAAACAAAUUUUUGAAAAUGUGUCCAAUGGUCAGGUUGUUGGAAAGAAAGAGUGGGCUCCAGGUUCACGCAAGGCUGCUAGUGAAGACGUGUCUGAUUUCACCCUCGUCAAGGAAAAGCUGGAGGCCAUGAGGAAAACAGUGCAAGCAUGUGGUGAAGAAGAAAUGAAGGAAGAUAUCAAAGCUUAUCUGGAAGGAGGAUUAAGGGAAGCACUUGAGAAGCUGGGAACAAUAGGAGGGGUAUGAGUCCAGGGUUUGUUUUUCACUGUAGUGGGUAAUUAGCUUUUGAUUUUUAGAAAUUUUAAGGAUGGAUUCUGGUGUUGGAUUCAGUAGAUUUUUAACUAUGUUGUUAUUUUCAUGUCUAGGACUCAAGGGUUUCUUUUUCUGUCAUUCAUCAAGCUUUUUUCGAUA